AUGGCGAUUGUAGCAUUCAUCCCAGCUGCUAGUUGCUUCUACCAUGGCUUCAUCUUUCUACAUGCUGUUUGUGUUUUCGAAGGAUUCAUUGUAUUUUUUCUUGGUCUGACGUCUAUGUACCUUCUGGCUGCUAUAUCACUUAUUAGGUACAUCAUCAUCGCAAAACCUUUCCAUAAGUCCACGAUAACACAUCGGGUUGCACUGAUGGCAAAUGCGUGUUGCUGGGGACUGGGAUUGUUGUGGUCAAGUUUGCCCAUCAUGGGGUGGAACCACUACACAACAGAAGGCGCGGGGGUAUCCUGCAGCGUCGUGUGGCAGAGUGACGAUACCGCCGACACUUCCUACAUCAUUGUUAUCUUCAUCGCCUGUCUCCUCAUCCCUGUCGCUGUCAUGGGCUAUUCGUACUUCCACGUGUAUAUGACGCUUCUCACAUUGUACCCAUGCUUGAUUAUUAUAGCUGGAAUAUUGGAUUAUGGCGUUAACAAACGAACGAAACAAACAUUUUGUUAG